AUGCCUCACAAUCCGCUCAUCAAUGCCGGCGCCAUCGUUGUCACGUCGAUGAUUAAGCCGACUCAUUCGAUGGCUGAUCGAUUCGAUUUUAUGCUUAAAAAGUAUCGAAAACUCGCCGGUGGUGGACACGUCGGUUUCGAUAAUGCAACAUUCCUCUCAGAGCGUGACACGGCCGAUCGCAACUACGCUCUAUCGUACUACAUGAAAGAGUACCGUUGUUUCCCUGACGAAUCGCAGGUCUAUGAAAAGGCAAAGGGUCUCCGUGAGGAAUUGGAUCUCUACUUCCAAUUGUGUUCACUCGAAACGAAUUGUGACACUGCCGCCGUGAUGGCAGCCACUCUUGCGAACGGAGGAAUCUGUCCGUUGACGACGGAGAAAUGUUUGGGAUCGAGACCGUGUCGAGACAUUCUCUCGUUGAUGUACUCGUGUGGAAUGUACGAUUAUUCGGGAAAAUUCGCUUUUCAGGUUGGACUCCCCGCGAAAUCCGGUGUCUCCGGUAUCAUGAUCGUUGUGAUUCCAAACGUGAUGGGCAUCGCUCUCUACUCUCCGCCACUCGACAAAACCGGCAAUUCGUGUCGAGGCGUCGCAUUCUGUCGACAAUUAAUCGAUAAAUUCAAUUUCCACAAUUACGAUUCGUUGCUCCAUCCGGAUGAUUCGCGUAAAAUCGAUCCGCGUCGAAAGAUCGGUCCACGUGAGAAUGAGACGAUUGUGCAGGUGAUGUACGCGGCGAAGAACGGAGAUUUGGACUCGCUGCGACGAAUGUUUAUGCAGGGAGCCGAUUUGAAAACGGCCGAUUAUGAUAACCGGACGGCACUCCAUGUGGCCGCCGCCGAGGGACGCAUCAAAGUUUGCAAGUUUUUGGUCAAUAUUGUUGGAAUUCCGCAUGAUGUUAGGGAUAGAUGGGGUCGUUACCCACUGGACGACGCCCGCCAAUUCAAGAACAAAGAGGUCGCAUUGUAUCUGUUCCGUCUUCAAUAUCCAACCAAACGGAUGCCUGAAAAUUGGUUCGAAGUCGGCGGUGAUCUUCUCGUCUCGGAACUCGAGAAUUGUGCUGAUAAUUCCAGCGUGGAUGACAACGUCGAGAGCUCUGGCGAAGACGAGGGAAUCACUGGAAUGUUGACUGACGAUUUGGAGAAGAGAGAGUGGGCACUUCAUGCCAAUGGAAAUAUGGGCGAAAUCAACUACCAACUCGUCCGUCGCAAAUCGUCGAAAGCUCCGCCCACUCCCGAAUCGAAACCGCCGUCGUUCGGUUACGGUUCGGGACGGAAAGAGCCGGUACACCAUCAGAAUCACCAGCAGCAGAAUCCUCAUCAGAUUCACGAGAAGCCACCACAUCACCAAGUAUUCCAUAAUAUCAAUGGACACGGUCAUUUGAAUGGAAAUGGAACUCAUCAAAACGGACAUCAUCAUCAUCACACACUUCCCAAUCAUAUGAUACUCAACGGAGCAGCCGGUGGGCUCAAUUCGAGGAGACUCAGCUCACCGAAUGAACAGGAUGAGGAUAAUGAGAUCGUUGUGGUGCUAGUUAACCGAUCAAUAGAGGGGAUGUUAGACAAGAAGAGAGGGAUUGAUCAACACCCGAGUAUCGAGAGUGUCUAA